CCCCACACAUUUCAUAACACUGAGAGAAAGCACGGAUUGGCUUCAGGCAGAAUUUAGAAACCGAAUAACUCUAAUUUGAUUCUUCUGCAUGGAGUGCUAUUCUCUCUCUCUCCCUCCUUCCUUGAGGGAGAGAAGUUGUAAACUCGAGCAUAAGUAUGCUUUAUUUUUAUAUCAUGCUUAAUGGCACAGAGCUGCUUGACAGAACUUUUUCUUUGGUGCAAAACCUGGCAGCUCACCUUUCCUCCUCCACUGUAUCUAAUAGUAACGUCGGCAAAUGAAAUCAGAACCCGAGCCCCCAGGAAUGUGCUCUUGCUGGCUCUGUGGCUGUCCCCUGCAUGAGGUUUUACAGGCCUGUCAUACCUAGUGACAUCCAGCCCGGCAGUGGGGGCCUGGGCUGCGCGCGUCUAGCCCACCGCCCAUCGCUCUUCCUGCUGGGCAGGAUAAGGUUACGCCGGGGCCUCCUCUGUCGCAGAGAGGAAGGCGGGCCGACACCCGUCCCGCUAGGGAGUUGCCACAGUUGGCAGCCCGGGGCCAGUGGGGACGCUUCUCUGCAGGCGGCCUGGAGCUGAGGGUGGGGACCCAGAGCGCAGCCUGAGGCCGGGGUCCCCGCCAUGGCCACGGCCAGGCCUCCCGGGCGCGGCUGCGGAGCCCUGCCUCGGUGGCUGCUCGGUGCUGCGCUGUUGCUGGGCCUGCGGCUCUGCAUGGAGUUGCACCGCGCCGGCUCCGGAUCCCCGGGCCGCAGCGAUCCCCCGGGGCCGCCCCGGCCGCACCUGCUGCCCGCCCCCGGCCCUCCGCGCGGCGCCAGAAGGAGGCAGGUGACCUACGUGCGCAGCGGGCGCCGUGCAUUGCCCCGCGGUGGCGGGAGCACGACGCUGGAGCCGAGCUGUUGCACCCCACGCGAGCUUCCCCGCAGGAAGGGUCCCCGGUGGCAUAUAGAGCUCCAGCCUUGGGCAGGCCCUGCUCAGUCCCUGGAUGAAGAAGCCUCGAGGUUCCUGAGCUACAUCAGCACCACUCAGAUUGCAUGCGAUCGCAUGGGUGCAGACAGCUUGGCUACUGACUCCAGCCCUGCAACGAGGCCCUGGCUGGUGUGUCUCGAUGACAGGUUUGGCUUAGCUCAUCAAAUCCGCAGCAAGCGGUGCCGCCUCUACUCCUUAGGGCUGGGCAAUGAUGACACACACUUUGAGGUGAGCAUGGCCAAGGACGGAUGUGAAGUACAUCGUUUCGACCCUAGCGUCAAAUCAGCCCACGUUCUGGAGAGCCGGCGCCUCUGGCAUCACCGCCUGGCCAUUGACUGGCGGGAUCCACAUCCAGCUGUGGCUGCUCAGAAGCUGCAUAGCAACACCAGGAAACUGGGCAGCAUCCUGAAUGAAUUUGGGCAUCACAAGAUCGAUAUUCUCAAGGCAGACCUGGAAAGUGCAGAAUGGAAAGUUCUAGAAAAUCUCAUCCUGGAAGAUGUCCUUGAACAGAUCGGCCAGCUCAUCUUUGAGAUUCAUCUCCACUGGCCCGGCUUUGAGGUCAGCGGCAGCGAGAGCAGCGUGGUGCGGUUCUGGUACAGCCUCCUGAAGGAGUUGGAGCGGAAGGACUUCAGGCUCUUCCACACCUACAAAGACUUGUCGAAGCCUCAGCUUUUCCUGAAGAAAGACAUUUUCAAUGCCAGCAGCUGUUACACCCUGAGUUGGGUGAAUACAAGAUGGAAGUAGGAACGUACAUACAAGAAACGUUUGCAGAUAGAGGCGUCGGUGCUUCCAGUCGUGGAGCUAGGUCUCGGCUUCCACCAGCCUGUUGCUGCUCAGGGCAGGGACUGUGUCUGCAGUACAUGAAGUCUUGAGCUGGACACGCGACAGCAGCCCGGAUGAACACUCUGCUUUCCCGGACUGAGACUUUGCGUUUUUGCCGUUGACAGAUCCGGGCGUGCCCUCUUCACUCUCACUCGAGGGUAGAAAUACCCCGCCGGUGCCGGGUGCCGGUUUCCUUGAGACUCAUUAUGUGUCUAUAGCUCACGCAUUUACAUUAAAAUGAAAUUUUAUUAA